AAUCACCAUGGAUAAUCCACUGCAUUCUGAAUUCACUGAAGAAAUUAAAGAAGCUCUACAAAACAACAAUCAAGCUUUAGCUGUUGCAAAGAUCCAGGAGUAUUUGGACAAGAAGAAGAAUUAUCCACUAAAUAUUUCCGUCACAGGAAAGGGUAGCUCUGGUAAAUCCACCUUUGUCAAUGCCUUUAGAGGCAUAGACAACAGUGAUGAGGAAGCUGCCCCUACUGAUGAAACCACCUCAGAGGUUACACCAUACGCCCAUCCAAAUUACCCCAAUGUUACUCUGUGGGAUCUUCCUGGUGUUGGUACCACCGAGUUUCCAGCUGACAAAUACCUGGAGCAUGUUGGAUUUGAGAAGUUUGACUUCUUCAUCAUCAUCUCAGACACUUGCUUCAGAGAGAAUGAUGUGAAACUCGCUCAGGAGAUUCAGAAGAUGGAGAAAAAAUUCUACUUUGUUCGCUCAAAGAUUGACAACGAUUUACGAGCUGAGAAAAGAAGUAAGAGGGAGUUUGAUGAGAAAAAGACGAUCACACAAAAAACUGCAUUCAAGGCUUUCUGCAGCCCGUACAUAUACUAA